UGUUGAGGUUUCCCAAAUUCAAAGGUCUUGGAGGAAAGCUCCGUCUCUCUCUCUUUGCAGCAACGAUGGCGGAGAACAUGGAGCAAAUCCUCAAAUCUUUCAAUCAGAGGGCUGCUGAAGCUGAGGAACGCUUGGCAAAGUUGGAGGCUUUACUUGCAAGUAAGAAAGAUAUCAUGCUAGGUGCUGUGGACACUGAAAGUUCAGCAUCUACUAUUAAGGAGCUUCAAUCAAAAUUAGAAACGGCACAAUCAGAGCUUCAAUCCGAGCGGGAGAAGGCCUCAAAGGAGAUUCAGAAGCUUGAGUAUCGUAUUCUUCUCCUUGUUCGUGCACUGAGAGAGGCAGAUUCUAAGCUGGCAUCUUUAGCCGUGAAGUAAAAAACUGCCGGGAGCCAUGUUACAGUUAUCAUCUUAGUUGGAAGGAGUAUUCUACAGCAAACAUAGCUUCUCUUUAAGCUCGUAACAAUAGAUUCUAUUUUUGCUUUUUUCGGUGAACUAUUACAGCAUUUUUGAUGGAUUUUAACUGCAAUAUUUUUAUUCCUGAGUUAGUAUUCUGUGGAACCAAAACUUUUGGAACAGAUGCUCAAUUAUCAGUUAUUCUAAAAAGUUAGUGUCAUUGGACUGAAAGGAGCUCAUGUAUAAAUGAUAAGUGUUCUUUUUAUAUGAAAUCUGUCUAGAUCUACAUGGGCUACAA